GGGAGCGCGCCGCAGGCAGGCAGGGAGGCCGGCGGCGGAGGGAUCCCGGCGAGCGGGUGCUGCGGCCGGGCCGGGUGAAUGGGAUUGAAGAAGAGUUCAGCUUCUCGGCUUGUUUUUGUGUCACAGUUUCUCUCCUCCUGCGCCUCUUCUGCUUCGUUCCUUCCUUCCCGCCCGCCCCCUCCUCCCCCCGGCAGGAGGAGCCCCCCGGGGAGAGGGGGAAGGAAAAGGACCCCACAGAGGAGAGCGCGAGCGAAGAGGAGGCGGAGAAGGGAGCAACCUACCAUCUUCCACUCCCCGCUUAGCUUAAAGAAAGUGAGAGGAGGAGAGAGAGAGAGGCGCCCAGAAGCGGGGCACGGGGCGGCCCGGAGGAGCGGCGGCGCCAGCACCCUCCCCCUAUGAAGAAGAGUCCUCCCCCUCCCAGAGAGGUCCUGCCGGGGGGACCCCGGCCAGCCCGCAGCGGCGCCGCCGCCACCAGCAGGGUCCUCUUUAAGUGACUUCUCCAAGGCAACACAGCAAAUCACUCAGAGUCACGGUUAGACUCCUGGAGUUGCUAACUCUGCCCUUGGGAGCCCCUGGCUCCUCAGCCUGGGGUUGCAACCCUUCAAAGUGGUGACAAGCAGCUCAAAGGAGGGGGUAGAGAGCUGAAGGAGAUAAUUUUCUCAGAACUGCGCCUGUGCAAAGAGGAAACCAGAAACUAAAGGCACUGGAAUUAGCAAAGGGACAUCUAGAGAAAGUGGAGAAGGCAGAGAAUGGAGCUGCAGACUCUACAGGAGGCUUUGAAAGUGGAAAUUCAGGUUCACCAGAAAUUGGUUGCCCAAAUGAAGCAAGAUCCGCAGAUAUUUUUUCUUUCUAAUCAGAACGCUGAUUUGAAGAAACAGCUUCAUGAACUUCAAGCCAAAAUCACAGCUCUGAGUGAGAAACAGAAAAGAGUGGUGGAACAGCUUCGGAAGAAUUUGAUAGUGAAGCAGGAACAGCCGGAUAGUAAGUUUCAAAUACAGCCAUUGGCACAGUCAGAAAACAAAUUACAGACACCACAGCCGCAACCACUACAACAGCUACAGCAACAUCACCAUCAACAGCAACAGCAGUCUACUGCACCCUCUCCAAACGUGAUUGGAUCACAGAAAACUGUAACUACAGCUUCUAUGAUCACCACUAAGACACUACCUCUCGUCUUGAAAGCAGCAACUGCGACCAUGCCUGCCUCUGUGGUGGGUCAAAGACCUACGAUUGCCAUGGUUACUGCUAUCAACAACAGUCAGAAAGCGGUCCUCAGCACGGAUGCACAGAAUGCUCCCGUCAACCUCCAGACAACAAAUAAGGUCUCUGGUCCAGGAGCUGAGGCAGUCCAAAUAGUGGCAAAAAACACAGUAACUUUGCAGGUUCAGGCUACGCCUCAGCCCAUAAAAGUGCCGCAGUUCAUCCCUCCUCCCAGACUCACUCCUCGUCCAAAUUUUCUUCCACAGGUUCGACCUAAACCAGUCGCCCAAAACAACAUUCCUAUUGCCCCAGCACCUCCUCCAAUGCUUGCAGCUCCUCAGCUUAUUCAGAGGCCCGUGAUGUUGACAACAAAGUUCACACCCACCUCUUUACCCAACUCACAGAACUCCAUACAUCCAGUUCGCGUUGUUAACGGGCAGACAGCAACCAUAGCCAAAACCUUCCCAAUGGCACAGCUCACCAGCAUUGUGAUAGCAGCCCCAGGUACCAGGCUUGCUGGACCUCAGACUGUACAGAUCAGCAAACCAAACGUUGAAAAACAGACUAUUAAACCACACGUGGAAGCAGAGGAGAAGCAAACAGAAAGUCGUACAGUUACUCCGCCUGCUGCACCAAAGCCAAAACGGGAAGAAAAUCCACAGAAACUUGCCUUCAUGGUGUCUCUGGGACUAGUUACUCAUGACCACCUGGAAGAAAUCCAAAGUAAGCGACAAGAGAGGAAAAGAAGAACAACAGCAAAUCCAGUAUACAGUGGAGCUGUUUUUGAGCCUGAGCGCAAGAAGAGUGCAGUCACAUACCUGAACAGCACAAUGCAUCCUGGGACACGUAAAAGAGGUCGUCCACCUAAAUACAACACGGUGCUGGGAUUUGGGGCUUUGACCCCUACAUCCCCUCUGUCCAGUUAUCCUGACUCCCCCGAAAAUGAAAAGACAGAGACCACAUUUACUUUUCCCGCAGCUGUUCAGCCUGUGUCCCUGCCUAGCCCCAGCUCCACAGACGGCGAUAUCCAUGAGGAUUUUUGCAGUGUUUGCAGAAAAAGUGGGCAGUUGCUGAUGUGUGACACAUGUUCACGUGUUUAUCACCUGGACUGUCUGGACCCGCCUCUGAAAACCAUUCCCAAGGGCAUGUGGAUCUGUCCCAAAUGUCAAGACCAGAUGCUAAAGAAGGAAGAAGCAAUCCCAUGGCCAGGAACUUUAGCAAUUGUUCAUUCAUAUAUCGCAUAUAAAGCAGCAAAAGAAGAGGAGAAACAGAAACUACUUAAAUGGAGUUCAGAUUUAAAACAGGAAAGAGAACAACUAGAGCAGAAGGUCAAACAGCUCAGUAAUUCUAUAACGAAAUGCAUGGAAAUGAAGAAUACCAUCCUUGCAAAACAGAAGGAGAUGCACAGCUCCUUGGAGAAGGUAAAACAACUGAUCCGCCUCAUCCAAGGCAUUGACCUUUCAAAACCCAUAAACUCUGAGGUCAAUUCAGUAGCCAUCUCCAAUGGCAUGGACUCCACUAACAAUACUAAUGCUGCCACCUCCACCUUAGCCCCCUCCCCUUCCCAGAGCUGCAUGGUGAACUGUAACAAGGGCGAUGAGACUAAAUAACACAGUGAAGUAAGAAGGAGCCAAGGGAGGUGGCAGCGAGGAGGAGGAGCAAAAUAACGAAACUCUAGAAAAGCAAAACCGGAUUUCUUCUGGAAAGUGCAGAAUUCUUUAGUUCUUUGGUUCCAGAGAGAGCGCGAAGAUGCUUGUGCCAGGCGGCACCGGAGUUUGCCAAUUGAUCCUUCUUAUUCUGUGUGUACAUGCAAAGUUUGGAUCAUGUUACAUGAAUAGUGCCAGCUGGGGGUUCUUUGCCAGCACCAUGCCAAGUGAAAUAAUAUAUUUACUCUCUCUAUAUUUUACACCAGUGUGUGCCUGCAGCAGCCUCCACAGCCACUAUAGGUUUGUUUUAUUUUUGUUUGGGGUGAGGAGCAGGGAUGAGGGAGGAGAGCAGGUUUUAAAUCCUUAUUUGCAGAACAGUUUGUUUAGCUAGGGGAAAAAAUAAACAAGUCCAAAGAGCCUGUGGGCUUUUCCUGUUUCUAAACUCUCAGUACUAUUAAACCAAAAAAACAGAAAUAUAAAUUAUCAAAUCCCAGUGCCCAGAAGGGACAAGUCUAUCAAAUAAGCAGUAUUUACUAUUGUUUAGACAGGAGAUGUAUAAAAGGAAUAGAGAUGGACUUUUCACUGAGUAACCAGCACAUUUGCAGGCUGAGGAUCUAGUGUCCCAACAGCUUUGGGUUAAUCCUAUUUCUUCACAUAAGACAAAAGAAAUGCAUUGCAGAAUGGGUUUGGGUCCUCACACUCGUGCAGAAAGCCUGUGUUGGGAGUGGGAAAAUAGAGCGCCAGAGUGGUAAGCUUGGAGUGUUGGAUGGAGGUGUCCCAAGAGAAAAUGUGCAUCAAUUACUUGAAAAUGAGGUUCCAAUCCUUUUCUAUAUUUAUAAACAACAUAAGUAUCCUGAACAAAGUAGCACAUGACCCAGAUGUGUGAACUGAACAGAGAAAUGUCCUUUUCUUUCACUUCCUUUCUCUUUCUUUUGGUAACAAGAACUAAAUAAGGAAUAGAAAAGCUGUUUUUCAGGCUGACAGUCUAAUUAAAGAGGUAGAUGGGACCUUGCAUGGUAUAGAUUAGAAGUAAUAGUGUCAGUGAGAUACAGUGAGUCUUUGUGAGUCCUUGUGUCAUCGUUUUGGGCACUGUUUUUUUAUGCAAGGGCAAAAUCUUUGUAUCUGGGGGAGAAAACAACUUUUUUAAAUUAAAAAGGAAAAUAAAAGAUAUUGAGGUCUUCCUAGUGUUACUUAAAAUAAGAUCAAGGUAAGAAACAUUGUAAAAAAAUUAUAAAAGUGCUAUUUGUUUCCUAAACAAGUGAUUUCUAUUAAAAAGGUGUCAGAACUGGAGAAAAUGCUGUGUACUUAGAAUUUUUUAACACAGACUUUGCUUAUUUAUGAUGACAUUCUGCUGUGUUUGUGUUUUAAAAUCUGAUGGGACAGUUUCCAUAGAUUAUACCAUACAUGCUACUGGCUACUCUAAACUGAAUCAAAUCCUACAGUGCUGGAUCUCACCCCCACCUGGAGGAUCUGCCAGGCUUGUCUCUGCUGUUACCGCAUCUCCCCAUUCUUUCAUGUGUUUGUAAUCCAGAGAAAAGCAUUGGCAGUAUGCUUAUUUAAGGCUUUUAUACUUUUGUAAUAUGGAUUGAUUAGAGCUUGGGAAUGAAAGACAGUGAGUUUGCUGGACUGAAAUCACCUUCUGUUAUAUCUUCUUAUUUCAGAAGUUUAUCUCUUUAAUAUUAUCCUUUUACUCUAGGUAGCAAAGCUGGCCCUGUGCUUCCCAUUACUGUGGGCAUUGUCUCAGUUUAGAGUGCUGAUCCUGAUCACUUUUGUUUCCAUUGGAAUACUGGCAAAAUUCCCUUUACUUCCAGUGGGAGCAGAGUUGGGCCGCUACAUGUUCUGUCAGAGGCCCAGAGCACAUGUCGACUAGCAAGGCACACUUGCUCAGCUGAUGUUCCUAGUGGAAUAGUGAAAAGGCUUGCAUUUCAAGGAUGCGUUUCUGAGGAAGAAGUGAAUAGUCCGGACAAUACAUAGACUGAGAGAGGCUCUUUGCUGCCACAACUUCUGUAGGAUUUUUGGAGUUGUUUCCUUUCCUCUCCUUUAAGUUGCCCUUCUGUCCUUUAAAGACCUUUAUUCCUUGUAUAGAAGUGAGUGUGCACUAUUUUCAGCAUGGAGCUCAGAAACAAUACCCUGAGUACUUAGGCUUGUCUGGAGCUUGGGAAAGUGAUUCUUAUGCACACUUCUCAGCUAAGCCUGUGAUAACCUCGACUCCGUCCUUAGUUGUUUUGAGUUCUGUUCUGGAACUAGUCGAGCUGCAAGUAUAAGUUAGCAGAAGUGACAGCUGGGCAAACAACAUCAAAACUGAUCAAAGACAAAAUUUCUUUGCAUCAACCCAGUUAGCACUGGAAUUCAUUACCACAGGGCAUCAGUGGGCCAACAACCCAUAGCAUUUAAACAUAGAACUAUGUAUUUGAAGCAAUGAAGUGAAAUAAUAAACUGAAUAUGAGCCUUCUUGCUUUAGAAUAUAAGCCUGCAGCUAACUGCCAGAUACUCAGGAGAAACUUCCUUUCUGGCCAGGUUAUUCUCUACUUGGUCACUUGCCUAAUUCCUGCGUCAUCUUCUGAAGCAUCUAAUAUGUUCCUUGUAAGAGAUGGGAUCCUGGAAUAGUUGCACUGAGUCGUAGUCAUUCUUGUGUUCUUAUCUCUAGUGUUAUUUUCUCAGCUCUCCUGGAAGCACUGCACUAUUUUGGGGUAGCAAACUAUGACUGAAGGCUGACAGUCCUCCUGUUUUCUUUGCUGAAUCAAGGGGGGAUGGAAGUGAAAUUCAGUGGUAGCCACAUUUAAAUUUGAAUGCAGUUAACCAGCCAGGAGUUGUUAAAACAGCCAUUACUGCUUUUCCAAUGCAUCUGCUUGUCUCUAGAAUCCCAGUAGGUAAGUGUAGACUUACAUCUCCCUUUCGUUACAGUGUUUGUAUUAUAGACUAUAAAAGCGCACCUUGUGUUAAUCAUUACCUGGCAGAGAAAUGAUCUUAACUUGGGCUUUUGAUGCUGCUAGGUAGUUCUCUCUCCCUGAUCCUCUUUGGACACUUCCCUUAUUGACUCUGCAGCAACAUCAGUCAGUAGGCAAGGAGCAUUCCCAGGGCUGCACUUACACUGACAAUGCUGCUGCUGCAUAGACACAAGUAAAUUGGGGCCAUUUCUGCCCAAUUAGAAACAAUGGAGCGGAAGGGGAAUUGGCAUUUGCUAAAUAGAGAAGAAAAUGGGGGUUUUUUCUAGCUGCUGUAAGAGGUUCUAGUCAAGGAAUAAAUUUAAACUAUUUGACAGCUUUUAAGCUCAAGCUUGUACUGAGAUCUGCUGGGGUUCUUUUCUUCGUCAUGUAGUAUUUCAGAUAGACUGAGUGUGUAUUAAAACUUCUGCUCUUUGGGAAGCUACCGUAAUGGCUGACAGUUUGUAUUUCCAAGCCACCGUAAAGAUAUUAACUAAUUCGUAUGUCAUUGCUUGUCAUUGGUGGGAAAUAAGUGACUUUUAAAUCUCUGUUAUGAAGAAGGAGAAGAUGAGGCUGCAGAGGAGGCUCAUAUCAGAGAUGUUGCUGGCCUUCAGCCCAGUGCUGAGAGCCUUAAGUCACCCUGCUGCUUUUGACUGCUCAGAAAUAGCGUAAGAGUUGCAGUAAUUUUUCCCUUCUUCUUGCAAUCUGUUCUUAAAAGAGCUGGAAAGGAGCGGUGUGAUCCAAAUGUGAGAGUGAGCAUGUGACCUGGCUAGAACAAUUAGUAUUAUCAUUAGUAUUAUUAUUAUCUUUGUUUAAUGCAAGCUGUACAAAACAUAGUAAAGGCAAUACUUCUAGGGAUUGUUGGUAGGCAGGGUGAGCAGAAUCGAUGAUUCUUUGAGAUCAUCACUAGCCAGGAGUUAUCAUGGUGAUAGGAUAAACUAAUGAUUUGCAUGCCCAAAACAAGAUUUUUGUCCUUUGUUGCAAACAAGUUUCUAUUCAUGGGGAUAUGAACUAAAAUCUGCUGACCUAGAAAUUAAAGAGGUGAUAAUUUUAUGGCAGAUCUGUUAGCUUUGUUGUUGAUAGGAAAAACAAGAUUGUAUUUUAUCCUUCUUAACUGAUCUUCAUAUAGAUCUUCAGAUAGAAGAUUGGUAUUCCAGCUGUCUAGAAAUGUGAACACUAAUUCUGACUUCCUUGGCUUCAAAUCAUCCUUUUCCAUGAACUGUGGCAGAGACAGCCCUUGAGAGCAGCAUAAUCAGCAUUUAGGAAGACCCAGAGUGAAAUCUCCCUCUUAGUCUCACCAAGCUGUGGCAGCCCACAAUGCAGGGAGUAAACUCUGACAUUUCCUUCUGAUGUAGACACAGUGAAAAAUAUUUGUAAGUUUGUAGUGCACAUGUUUCUCCUUCCUUUCUUUUCCCAGCUGGGUUGCACCAUGCUCUCUUUGUUUUUGAAGCACUAAUGAUGAAUAUAUAUCUUUUUAAUGAAACCCAUUUUUUAAAAAUCACAUUCAGAUGUCAGACCAAAAUUGACUCUUUUACUGGGGCCUUCCCUGGUACCAUCAGCUGUUCAGGUAACCACUGAAAUAAUGAUAUUACACUUCUUGGUGGACCAUGCCCCUUUGGGCAGAAUUGGGUAUGUCUUGUCACACUGUUUUGACCCUUCUUCACCUCUGUUUGUCCUCCUUUGGGGUUCUGAAGAUCUAGGGCAAGUUCAACCUUGCUGGGUUACUGCAGAAAAUUUUCUGACAAAUAUCUAGAAAUUCUUCAGAAGAGUCAGGAACCUGGAGAAAGAGGAAGAUGUUUUGUCAUGCUAAUCAUUUGGUGUUUAGGCUUGCCUGGUCAACAAACUACCUCAGCAAAGGCAAGCACUCUCUGGAUUCUGUAGUUUCUGUCAUUCAGAAGGCAAAACGUCUCCAAAGGACGCUUGCGACAGCCAGCUAGGUGCUGGUCUCUAAAUGCAUGCAAGCGAGCCUGACAGCAACAUGUUACUCUGGAUCCUUGUUUUCCGUGAUCAGACCUGGAUCAGGGAAUGCCCUGAGAAUGAGACGGGAUCAGGGAAACACAAGAGCUGCAGACAUCUUGUAUCCAGAUUAUUGCUGUCUUACUCAGAUUCUUCCUUAAGCCUCAGACAUGUUUGUUACAUCUACAAAAUGGAAUGUAAUAGUUGAAAAAUGUGACUCUUAUUAUCCCCUCCCUUUAGCUUCCAUUUUUCCCAUGUUUAUCUUUUAUCUGGGACAAGAACUUUCUGCAUCAUUGUGUCUUGUAUAGGCUGAGCACAUAGUUGAAACUUGCCAAUAAAGAAAAUUAUUUAUACCA